CGAACCUCGCUCGCCUUCCUCGCGAACGCAUGCGUAACGAGGUUCAAGCCCCCGUCUUGUUAGUCCCUGGUGCUCCCUUUCCACACUGAUGACGUUGAGGGCGCCACAUCGACACGCUUGCCCCCCGCCUUCUCUCUCAACCCUUUACGUACGCGUCUGCACAUGGCCAGAGACACAAUGCAUGCCAAGAGGGGCCUGCUUCACCCGUCUCGCAAGAGAAUCGCACGUUGAGCCUGCGCAAGAUACCAAAAAAAAAAGCUCUCUCAAUCCCUCGCUCUUUGGCCAAAGAAAAUUAUUGCCGCUUCUCGCUAUUUCCGACUACUCUUUUACAAAUCCGCCCCCAACAUUCUCUCUCUCCCCCCCUCCACAAAAAAAAAAGAAUGAGAAUCUCUUUUAAGCGCGCAAAUCAUUCCAUUCACGAUUGUCCGAGUGAGAGUAUUUGCGAUUCCU